AGGGGCGUGGCUUCGCGGGCGCCAGCUCUGGGCCUAAACAGCCGGAGCACAGCCCUGGGCGAGGGAACCGACUCCGGUGGGAUGGAGGCGGGCGGCGUGGCAGACUCUUUUCUUUCCGGUGCCUGCGUGCUCUUCACCCUGGGCAUGUUCUCCACUGGCCUCUCGGACCUCAGGCACAUGCAGAGGACACGGAGCGUGGACAGCAUCCAGUUCCUGCCUUUUCUCACCACGGAUGUCAAUAACCUGGGCUGGCUGAGUUAUGGAGUCUUGAAGGGAGAUGGGACCCUCAUCAUCGUCAAUAUCGUGGGUGCUGUCCUUCAGACGCUCUAUAUCCUGGCAUAUCUGCACUACAGUCCUCAGAAGCAUGCUGUGCUCCUGCAGACUGCAGCCCUGCUGGGGGUCCUUCUCCUGGGUUAUGGCUACUUUUGGCUUCUGGUGCCAGACCUUGAGGCCCGGCUUCAGCAGCUAGGCCUCUUCUGCAGUGUCUUUACCAUCAGCAUGUACCUCUCACCACUGGCUGACUUGGCCAAGAUCAUUCAGACUAAGUCUACCCAGCGUCUCUCCUUCUCACUCACCAUCGCCACCUUCCUUUCUUCUACCUCCUGGUCCAUCUACGGGUUUCGACUCAGAGACCCAUAUAUCACGGUGCCCAACCUUCCAGGGAUCAUUACCAGCCUGAUCCGACUUGGGCUUUUCUGCAAGUAUCCCCCAGAACAUGACAGAAAAUACCGCCUUCUGCAAACCUGACCACAGCCACCUUAGGGCCAAUAUGAUACCAAAGAGCUCCUGUUUCUGCUGGUCCUCCUGACCACUUCCAUGGGUGCAAUAGGUUGUGAGAAAAAGGCUGAUUUUGAAAAUAGAGGGAUCAAAGAAGGACUUUUACGUAGAUCAGAUGGGACCUAUGGGAUGAAAUCGAAUUUUUGAAGAGAGAUUAUCUUUUCUCAUUUUGGAGGCUGAGGUGGUAUCUUUAGAAUGUGCCUUAAAAUAAAGUGUUCUCCACCCCUGCC